AUGGAUCGUCCUGCAUUUCUUGAUAUGGAUCCACCUCCUGGUUAUAUCCCAGGUAUAGGUAGAGGUGCUACCGGGUUUUCCAUUAGAGGAGAAAAGAGUGCUAAAAUACCAAAUAGGCUACAACAAAAUGGCAGAAGUAAUGAAAUUUCAAAGCAGAAUAAAGAUCAAGAUCUUAGUGACAAUGACAACGAAGGGGAUAUGACCUUCAAUAUGAUUGAUAAGCGGUUAGAGAUGAAAGGAACUAAGGCAGCAAGAGUAAAUAAGGACAAGGGCGACGGUAAGGGACAGUUUAGUGAUGUAAAAAGAUCCCUAGCCACUGUAAGUGAAGAGCAAUGGAUGAAUAUUCCGGAUGCGGUUGAUAUUACAAGAAGAAAUAAAAGAUCCAGGUUGGAGGAACAGUUAAAUAGGAAGACUUACGCGGCACCUGAUUCCUUGGUUUCAAGAAAUGUGAAUUUAACUAAACUGACUGAAGAAAGGGAGAAAAUCUUGGGUAGACAAUUAGACGUUGCAUUUCUAGAUAAAAAUCAGAAUAAUGGUGGCCAAGAUUACUUGACCCAACUAGAAAGUUUGGGAUUAAAUACAUCAAAUAAUGUUGACGCACAGGAUGAAGAUUUACAAAGAAUGCGUAUUAUAUUAAAAUCAUACAGAAAUUCUGAUCCAAAGAGCCCACAAGGUUGGAUUGCAUCUGCCCGGUUAGAGGAAAGGGCACAAAAGUUCAAGGUUGCAAAAAAAAUUAUUGAACAAGGUUGUGCAGAAUGUCCCAGAAAUGAAGAUAUAUGGCUUGAAAGCAUCAGACAUAAUCAAACAGAUUUAAAUCGUUGCAAGGAAUUAGUAGCAGCAGGUAUACAUUUAAAUCCAAAUUCAAAGAGCUUAUGGAUCAAAGCCAUCGAAUUAGAACAUGAACCUUUUAACAAGCAUAGAGUAAUUAAAAGAGCACUACAAGAACUACCGAAUGAUGAAACUUUAUGGAAAUUAGUUAUAAAACAUGAAAAUGAUAAAGAUGAGGCUUUGAAAAUAUUAGAAAAAGCUGUCGAAUUUGUACCAGAUAGUAUGGAUCUUUGGGGGGCAUUAGUAAAUUCACAGAGUUACACAAUGGCUAAAGCUACAUUGAACAGAGCAAGACAGUACUUACUAAAAAAUGUUGAUUUCUGGAUUCUGGCGACCCAAUUAGAAGAGAAGCAUAAUAACGAUGUUUCUCUAGAGGAACUCACAGUGUUGAUUCAGAAAGGUCUAGAUUCUAUAUAUUCAAGCGAAACACCAAUGCCACUGCAUGACUUGUUAAAGAAGGCUACUUUGAUGGAGACCAAGGGUACAGCGAAAAAGACACAUGAAGCCUAUAUAAGAGUAGUGCUUCGAUCUCAAAUUCAAGGCACUGGUGGUGAAGCAGAGUUGAAGAUAUUUGAAGGGCUGGAGAAUUCUUUAACCAAAAUUUAUUGCUAUAGAAUAUUGCUUGAAACAAACCCUCUCAAACUUUCGAUUUGGAAUUUACUCAAAAAUACAUGUGAAGAUAUUGAUAAAGUCGAUGAAUUACAUAAAACAUUCGAUAAUAUAUUAUUUCAAGAUCAGGAAUAUCGUAUUUUGAAACAAAGCCCAAAUCUGGUACUUGUCUACGCAAAGGAAUUGUGGAAAUACAAUAAAAACAUUGAUAAAGCCAUUGAAGUUAUUAAUAAGGCAAUUGAAGUUAUUCCCAUCUCUUUAGACUUGUUCUUCGCCAAGAUAAAAUUACUCUGUGAAUCACAGCAAUUUGAUAGAGUUGAACUCUUAUUCGAGAAAAUGGAAAAUGAGAUGAAGAAUAAACUUGAAAACGACUCUAUGGGGAGAUUUUAUUAUAAGUACGUCAAUUUUCUCAGAUUUAGAGGUGAAAAUUCUACUGCAAUCAAAAUUUUGGAAGACAUUUGUCUCUCGAACUACGAUAACAAUUAUAAAUUUUAUUUGCAGUUAGGCCAAAUAUUUCUUGACAUUGGCAGGUUUGAAAAUGCCCGGGAAACAUUUAAAGUUGGUACUAACAAACUUGAAGCCUGCGCUCCCCUUUGGUUAGCAUUAGCCAAUGUGGACGAGAAGCAAUUGAAAAAUACUGUCAAAGCCCGUUCUGAUCUAGAUCUUGGCCUAAUAAAGAACCCUAACAACGAAGAGCUUAUUGUAGCGAAAGCACAACUAGAAGAGCGAUUGGGAAAUAAAGACCAGGCAAAAUUAAUUAUUGCACAGGCAUUAAAAGCGCAUCCCGAAAAGGCAUCACUGUGGACAGAGAGUAUACGACUACUGAGAUCUCAAAAGUCUUCUUCGAAAAAGACAACUUUUCAAGACGCUCUCAAGCAUACGAAAAAUGAUUACAGGGUGUUACUAGAAAUAGGUAUAUCCUUCUACCUGGACUCUCAGUUCGUCACGGCUAGUAAAUGGAUUGAAAGAGCUGCGAAGGCAAACACCGCUUACGGUGACUCAUGGGUGUGGCUUUGUCGUUGCUACCGCAAACAGAGGAAAGAAACCAGUUCAAUUUACAAGCAAGUACAAAAUCACGAGCCCAGAUACGGGCCUGAAUGGAUUUCAAUCUCAAAAGACGUCAAGAAACAAUUUGCCAAUACUUCUCAAAUCUUAGAUUUUCUCACCAACUAA